GGUAAAGUGCUGAAGCAAACUUCACUCAGCAACAAAGUGCUCUUUGAAGUUGGAAAGGCUGUGGGGAAGAUGAAUAGAGAAUUGAAGGUAAAAAAAUUAUUUAACUUGAUAGUUUUCAUUUCCAACGGAAUGUACCUUUGAACUGCGCCAUCGGACCAGCGGUGUAUCCCAAUGACGCAUGCUCUCUGUUAAUCAAAGGCCACUGAAAAUUUGCAGGCUCCCAUGUCCUUGAUGUUUUGGUUUUAAAAUAAAUACCAUAUUGCAGAAUAAAAGUUUAAGUGCAGCUUUAAGCCUUUUUCCGAGGCAACAAUCAAGUUGACGUCCUGUAGGUCAACAAUGAUGACAGGAAGUUGAUCUUUCGCGUAAGCUUAACAAUGCAUCGCUUUCUCACCCUUUGUUUAUCUAAAGUCUGGUGGAGACGCAACAAAAUUAUAGACAGGCAGGCUACCCCCGGCAAAAUCCAACCCCCUACCCUUUUAUAUACCAUUUUUGACAGAAAAGGUACCCCUUUCUUGGGGGGGGGGGGCUCUCCGUAUAGGCCGUAAUAGGGAGUACCCUGGGGUCUAAAUGACCCAACAUCCACCACCUCUAACUUACGAACCGUUCGUGACCAUAACGCUUUUGGAGAUCUCGUCUGAAAGUUUUGCUUGAAUGGAACACAUCCAGCAUGCAUUGUGGCCUUUUGGUUCCCUUGAUGCACUUUUAUUUAUCAUAUGGUAAAUUUUGUUUGGCAGGAAUUUGAAUGUUCAACGCUGAGUCGUCCAGAUUUCCUCUGGGACAUGUCCCGCGCUGGAGACGCGGUUGAGGAAUAUCUUGAAGCCGUCAGUGAAAAUCAUUACAUCGAAAUGGUUCGAAAAAUUUGUCACAAUUUUCGAAAGGAGGUUUUGCCAAAGCUGCACCUUCUGCCCAAGCAAUUAAUCCACGGCGAUUUGAAUCAAGGCAAUAUUCUUAUUCUUUCUGACGAAAACGGAAAAACUGCACCCGGGAUUGGCUUCAUUGAUUUUGGUUUUCUUAACUACAGCUGCCGGAUUUUUGAUGUAGCAGUGGCUCUUAUGCACAUUUUAAACGUUGAAGUCGGCUUCGAGUUGAGCGGCGGAAGAAUCCGAAUGGCAAAAUACUUUUUGAAUGGUUAUAAUUCUGUCAACCCAUUAUCCAAUGAAGAAAUUUCUUUGCUUCCUGUCUUGGUAGUUUCCAGAUUUUGCCAGUCGCUUGUCUACAGAACCUACUUGAACACGCCCGUUAAUCCUGACGAUAAGAUGGACUUGACGAUCCGAAAUGGCUGGAAGAAUCUGGAAGUGUUGUGGAAAAUACCAAGAGAAGAGAUUUUA